AAGUUCUAAGCGCUGUAUUACCGCAGCUGUAUUCUACUCUACCGCCUGUAGUCCUGUACUCUUUUACCACGGGUUUCUCCAACGUAAUUUGUUUCCAUUAUUCUGUGCAGAACAUCUACAGAAAUUACAUUUACUAGAUAAUUACUAUUUGAUUGAGUAUUUUCAGUUAUAUUCAUUAAUUUAUUAAAUUUUUAUUCAUAAUGGCUAAAUGGGGUGAAGGAGAUCCACGAUGGAUUGUUGAAGAACGCCCGGACGCCACUAACGUUAACAACUGGCAUUGGACAGAAAAAAAUGCAUGCCAAUGGUCUAAGGACAAACUUAAUGCCUUAUUAGUUGGUAUGGUAUUAGAAAAUGAUGUAGCUAAGUGUGAGAUUGCAAAGAUCGAAAGUUGUGAAGGAGAAGCUGUUGCAAAUAACAGAAAGGGCAAGCUCAUAUUCUUUUAUGAAUGGGAUUUAACUUUAAAUUGGAAAGGCCAUUUAAGUGGUACUGCAAAAGAGAUAGAGGGCACAAUAAACAUACCAAAUUUAAGUGAAGAAAAUAGUGUAGCUGAAAUUGAGAUAAAUAUUACAUUGAAAGAACCGUCAAAUGAAGCAACAAUAGUUAAAGAUUUUCUUUACCAUCAAGGGCGUAGUAAAAUCCGAGAUCAGCUAGAAAAAUAUAUAAAGGAUCUUAAAGAAGAAUUUUCAAAAGGUAUGAUUUUGCCAAAAAAAGAUAUUGAAAGUUCUUCUAAACCAAAAUUAUCUAAUGAAUCUUUCAAAAAUCUUCACAAUGCUGAAAAUGGUGCAAAAGAAGACAAUUCAAAAUCCAAAAUAGAUACCACUACUGUUGUAAUGGAUGUAGUAUUCCAGUGUUCUGGUGAAGAUUUUUACAACGUGCUCACAACACCAGAACUUGUUUCAGCUUUUACUCAACAAUCCGUCACAUUUCAAGCAACUAAAGGUGGGAAAUUUCAAUUGUUUGAUGGGAAUAUUACUGGUGAAUUCAUAGAACUUUGCCCUGGCAAAAAAAUUGUUAAAAAUUGGAGAACUAAACAAUGGCCUGAUUGGCUAUAUUCUACUGUUACUGUUACUAUUAAUCAACAAGAAGACCAUACUAAAGUAAAAGUUUCUCUUGUGGGAGUGCCCAAAAGUGAUGAAGCUAUUACUCGUCAAAAUUGGGAAAGAUACUACUUCACACCAAUUAAAAGAACUUUUGGAUACGGGAUGUUAUUAUGAGUCUGAACAAUUCAAUAAAUUCUUAAUAUAGUU